AUGGUGCAGAAAACAGAAGACCAUAAUAGUCCUUGUGUUGCAGGUGCCAGAAGCCAGGAGCUGGAGGUGCUACAGACCCAGGGGCCCUUGAGGGUGACCACGGGAGAGACUCUCGAUCUCAACUGCACAUUGAAAGGGUUCGGUCCACCGGGGGGCGUCAGGUGGUACAAAGGCUCGGACAGAGGCCAGCCUCCCGUUUACAACGAUAAAGCAGCACCUCCGUCGUCCCAAGUGGGCAGGGUCACUGCUGGGUCAAACACGGACUACAGCAUCCGCAUCAGCAACAUCCAGCCCGAUGAUGCCGGGACAUACUACUGUGUGAAAUACAAGGCAGGAGCCCCGGAAACGGAAUAUAAAUCGGGAAAGGGCACUGAGGUUUUGGUGAUUG